UGGCGCUGCUGUCAGUUGUGUCUGGAUGAUUAUUAUUAUUAUUUUGGUUUUCGAGCGACGUUGUUGGUGUCGAGAGAUGAUUUCAAUGAUGAAAUACGACGACUCGAAGGUGGUGAUGGGUGGUUUCUUCUGAGGGAAGUCCUCCGCAGUGCUCCGGAAGCAGUUCUGAAAUAGACCCUCGGGAUUCCACACGCGUAGGAUACUUAUAAUAGAAAGGACCCUCGGAGGAAGUCCUGCUGAAGGAGUGGGAGUGAGGAGAAGGAGGACCUACCUAGUAAUAUUAGUAAGGAGGAGGAUGACCUCGUUUUGAGGAAAACAUCAGAGCUUGAUUUCAUUCAAACUUGGCUGCCUUUCGAACAUCACUGAGUCUUCACUCAUGAUCAGGAAUGUUUACGUAUUUGUAUUUCUGAGCAGGAGUUACUGGCUGUGAAAAUGAUUGAUCGUUCAAGAUUGCAUCUGCAGUGAAUUCUGGGACAGCGCUGUGAAGUCCUCAGUACUCCUCACAUGAUGGCUGUACAAGAGGAAUUAAAUAUUAUGUUAUGGUAUAGACUUCUGAAACAAGUUAUCUUCAGUACUGGACUUGAUUAAGAGGUUCAAACAAAGGAUUCAUAACCUUAGAUUUUGUGGUGCUUUUAGUAUUAAUGGAGGUACCUCUAUGUGGUGUAGGCCGUAUUUGUUUGUAAACCAAUAAGUGCUGUCUGCAUUUUAUGGACAGAACUUUGUUCAUUCCAUAUGCUAAUCAGAUAUUUUAAAGAAAGGUACCAGCUAGUAAUAGUUCCUUGUCUAUUGAGACUAUUUCCUAGACACUUAUUAGAGCUUCAGCCUUUUAAGCUUUGCACUUAGUGCAGCAGGAGAAUUUUAGCAGUAAUCUGUACUCACACAAGAUGUACUUACGUAAUUAUUGUAUUGCCAUAGCUACUAGUCACAUGAUUCUAUGUGAUAAAGUAUUUGAGGUGAAAUGGCAUUGGCCAUAAAGAACUUUACUAAAAUUCAUACUAGGAUGAAGUUAUGAAGCAUAUAAGCGGCUUACUUGGGUAAAGCAAUCAUGCAGUCGUCAGCAGAUAUUAUGUAUGUGUAUGUGGCCAGACAGGCCUGUAAACCGGCAGGAAAUGAUUAUCCUGUGUUAGAAGUAAAUGAUGUGAUUCAUGUGGCAUCUGAGUUUAUACAUCGACAAAAUGUCAAUAUUGAAAACCCAGAUGGCUGGAUAUAUGGAGCCAAUCUACGCACCGGGCAAGAAGGAUACUUCCGAGGAUAUUGCUUAGUGCUAAAUGGAACCACUCAUGCUAGAACAAUGUCACAACGAAGACGUCUUUAUUCCCGAGACACGAGUUUACCAUCAAUAGGAGGAGACUCUCAAAUUCAUGUUAGUGGUGGCCGUAAUGUCAUGUCGGUAACCUAUGGAGAGUCGGACUAUGUCCAAGCUAUGCCAAUAGUUUCAAAUCGACGGGGAUCUGGUCACACUUCGCCCUCUGGUCAACAUAAUCUUGCCCAGUACUACUUUCUUACACCGGUCCUCUGCGCUCACUGUCGUGACUACAUUUGGGGAAGUGGACCCGUUGGCAAGCAGUGCGAAGAGUGCUGGGCGUGUUUCCACAAUGUCUGCACGCCCUUCUCCGCCGCCCAUCCUUGCUCACGUCCUCACCGAGCCCUGCCGCCUACGACGGUCACCAGUGAUGUGCCCAUCAGUCAGUGGUCGUCCAUCAACGUUGUGGAUUGGAUGGCGACAUUGAAUCUGGCCCCAUACACUGAAAUUUUCAAAGCAAAGGAUAUCAAAGGAAGCGACUUGCUGUCACUAGAUAGAGAGAAACUCGUGAGUAUGGGUAUCAAAGAUGAGUUUCACCAGAAGGCCAUUAUGGUGUGUAUAGCGCAACUACAGAAUGAGUGUGGUGAUGGCCUUUGCAUUGGAGAUAGCUCAUCCACAACCACAACAGCAAUUGGAGGAGGAGAGUGCAACACCCCAGCAUCACACCAUAACUUGAGAAAUCAGUCUUUCCAUGAGCUUCAUAGCUGUGACAAGUGUGGCCUCUAUUUGAGGGGAUUUGUGCAUCAGGGACAAUUUUGUCAAGAUUGUGGGUUGGUAGCUCACCCGACAUGUGCAGCCACUGGCCUACCGCCUUGUGUGAGACAAUCGUCCAAAUAUAUACGUCGUAUCUUGCUCUCGUCGGUAUUUGGCUUAAGCUUGUGUACUCAGUUUACGCCAGGAGAAAAGACUCCUGCUCCAUUGUUACUUGUGCGUAGUUGUCAAGAAAUUGUGUACAGUGUUGAUAAUGAUCCUUCACAAGAUCCAUAUCGUCUCUACCGAACUCCACCUCAGCAAGAGACUUUAAAUCAGCUUAGACAAGAAUGUGAUAAUGAUAUGAGUAAUGUUAACCUUAGAGUUUAUGAGCCUCAUGUAAUUGCGUACCUGAUCAAGCGGUAUUUACGGGAGCUUCCUGAACCUGUAAUUCCGGAGACUUUCUACGAUCGCUUUAUUGAAGCCAGUCGUAUUCACAAUGAUGACCAGUGUGCGAAAUGCAUGACGCAACUUGUUAGUGAACUGAAUGCUCAUCAUUUCUACACACUUAAGUUUCUGAUGAGCCAUUUCCUUCAACUUUGCCAAAUUCAAGUAAGGAGAGGCACAUUGGAUCCUCCCACACUGCUAAUUCAGUCACUGUGCCAUGUACUUCUUAGACCCCCGUGGGAAAAAAUUGUGGAAUUGGCACGUAACACAGAGGCACACAUGCGAAUUGUUGAAAUGCUCCUGCUAAAGGUUGAUUGGGGUGAGAAAGUGCCUACCUUUGCACCUGCUCCUGUCUUGCCACCAAGGCCCCGAACUUCUGUGACCUAUAGUGGAUAUGUAGAUAAUGAGGUGGUUAACCCACCAUCCCCACCAAUGGGGGUAGUCAUGCCACCUCCUAGUAUGAGUAGUUCCUCUCUACCAUAUUUUUCUAACAUCCCAGCAAAUGCCCCUAAAUCUCUUAAGGAAGCAGAGUGGUACUGGGGUACCAUCAUGCGUGAGGAUGUUAAUGUAUUGAUGAAAGACUCAAAAGAUGGUACUUUCCUUGUUAGAGAUGCUUCGACAGGGAAUAAUGAAUACACUCUUACAUUGAGAAAGGGCGGGUCAAACAAGCUCAUCAAAAUUUGUCAUCGGAAUGGAAAAUAUGGUUUCACUGAACCUUAUACUUUUAAUUCGGUCGUUGAACUAGUCAACUUCUGCCGUGAACAGAGCCUUAGUCAGUUUAAUAAGGCCUUGGACAUAAGGUUACUGCAUCCUGUUAACCGAUUUCAUGGGGAAGAAAGCGAAGGUGCCAGAAUGAGGGUUGAAGACCUCCUGUGUAGAUUGAAUGAAUUGAACAAGCAGCACAAUUCAAAAUCAUCAAAUUACACAAACUGUUAUGAAAGACAGGUAGCAUUAGCUCAGGAUAUAUCUAUAAAUCGCCAAAUUUUGGACAGUUAUGAUGAAACAAUUACGUUAAUUGGUGACCACUUGAAGCUUCACGAUAAGUUUCGUUUAGAUGCCCAGCCUCAUGAAGUUAUUGAUUUGGACAACAACAGAGAAGUUCUAGUGCGUCGAUUAAAAGCAGUAGAAGAUGCCCGGAAUCAACAAGAUCAUAUCUUUACCACAUUAAGAAGAGAUUGUCAAGCAGUGGAGAGGCAGUGCACAGCAUUGAAGUUGGAGGUCAUAAAGCUGGUAAAACAGAUGGAUCACCUUAAGAAUGUGCUACUUUCAAGGGGAGUGUCAGCUGAAUUUAUAGACCAGUGGCUGGAGAAGUCAGAUCCUACACAAGUUCCACAAGUUCCACACCCUUCAAUGGAGCUCAGCAAUGAAUCUCUCUGGCGCUUUGAUACCUACUCUAGAGAUGAUGCAGUAAAUCAACUGCAAAAUAAACCAGAUGGAACAUUUCUUGUUAGAAUGUCACAAAAUGGAGGAUUUGCGCUUUCUAUUACGUGUAACAGGGAGGUACAGCACUGUAGGAUCUUCAAAGGCGAGCAUGGAUAUGGAUUUGCAGAGCCAUUUUUGAUAUAUCCAACAUUGAAGGACUUGGUUUUGCACUAUGCUGAAAAUUCACUAUUUAUGCACAAUGACCUGCUCAGCACCACUCUCAAAUUCCCUGCACGUACAGCAAGCUAGUAAUAAUUGUCGUCUAGGAAAUUGAACGUCCGUCUUUGGGAGAGUGGGUAUGAAAAUGACCAAGUUUAGGCACCAAACCAACAUUGAAGAUGUCAGUGGUGCAUUCUGUGUAAGCCAUGCUAGCACAUUCUACUUGUACAGCAACAUCUUUGAAGAAUAGCAAGUGAAAGUUAUCUACCCUCUUUAGUAGUGGUGGAUACUAAAAAUUUUCUUCGUGUGUAAUAGAAGUAUUACUGGUAGAGUGCAUAAAAACCUGGCAUGCUUUUUCUCCCUGACUGAGGCCUGGUUUUGGUCUUGCAGUGUCCAUACCUUUGAAAAAGGAAAUAAAUAUGGCUUGCCCACCUCCAUAACUGCUACUUGAAGUCUGCUGUUAGACUUGAUCAUGCUAUUAUUUAUUGUAAUAGAAAUCUAUAUAUAUCUAUAAAUAUAUAUAUAUAUGUACUUUAUAUGCAAUCUUGAACAGAGUACUUGUAGCAGUUAGUUGGAGUCCCAUUUAUAACUCUGGUACAAAUUGUUUCAGGACUAGUAAAGGCAAGUUGUUUAAAGUGACAAGUAGGAUUUGUCACGUCCUGCAGAGUUUAGUAUCGAGUGAUCAAAGUACGGGUACUGCCCACUAGCCAGAGGCUAAUGCCCGUGCACGUUGUUUUUCAUAGCGGCCAAAGAUAAUUGCAAAUAUUUUACUGUCAGUGCUUGAUAUUCCCUCAUAAGUUUUGUUUAAAAAAGUUGGUAUUUUAUCAGAAAAGGAAAAUAAAUGUUAUAUAUGAUAUGAUACUAUUGUACUUGUGCUGUGAAAAGUACAUUUGCCCUUGUUUUCAAACAAAGUGAAGAUCUCUGGUACAGUAAAUGGAAGCGUAGUGUUGGACUGAUCUGACUAAAAUGAAGAGAAACUUCUGCAUUCCAUUAAUAAUUAAAGUUGUGAACAUGAUUACAAACUUGUUCUUCUGAGUCAGAUAAGUGAUUUGAGUGGAAGUGAAUAAUAUGCAUUGGAAAUGCUCCAGCCUAAGUUUGAGGACAUGAAACAGGGCACUGGGGUAUCAAAGUCAACUCUAGUCUCCAGACCCCAAGCCACACGCUACAUCAUUGACUUCAUUCUCAGUCAUCCCAUUUUUUUAUAUACUUUGAAACUUUUCAUGCAUCUCAUUAAAUCAUUUAUGUUUCAUUAUAAAUUGUACUUAUGGAUGUGUAUGUAUAUUGGUGUGUAUGGUAUAAAUAUAUAUUAAUGAAAUAUAUGUAUAUACAUAUAUAUAUGCAUCUGUAACUUGUCUAUGUAUAUAAGUAGUUAUAUAUUGGUAUAUAAAUAAUUAUAUAUUUAGAUGACUGUGUAUAUAAAUGUAUAUGUAGUAUAUAGUGUAUGAACUAUAGAGUGAAUCUUUUUCUACACAUAUUUAUAUGACUGCAGUCUUCCACUGAAUAAUGUUAUAGUGAGUUUACUUGUGUAGGCUUACUGGUGUGAGUUUUGCUUGUGAAGAGAUCAUGGCAGUCAUUUUAUUUGGUAGUAAAAAAUAUUAGAAAUUAGUUGUAUAUUUUCCAUUUCCUUAAAGAAUUGUCUAUUUUCAUUAUUUUAGGAUUCCUGUUGUACCAUAAUUGUCAAAAAGGUUUUUGAGUAGUGAUGGCUCAAGACCAUCUUUAGGCUUAAAAGGAUCAACAGUGUAAUCUCGUGUCGCACCAACUAUUUUUCAUGCUGUAUUUGAUGUAAUUUUGUGGAUUUUAUAACAAAACUUGAAACCUACUAUUUUAAUGAGUUCAGUGAUUAUACAAAUUUUGAAGGAAAUUUAUUUUUACUCAUGCAACAUAUUGUUAUUACUGUAUACAUGGUCUCGAUAGCAUAAGAUGAGCACUUUGUGGCUAUACCAAGUGUAAAACUCACCAUUUCACAGGUCGGCCAUGGGCUUGGCAUAGCAAAUAAUUUAGCUUUCAUCGCAGUUUAUUUAUUGAUCUGAUCACUGAAUUACUAGUCUCCCCCUCCCAUAUUUUUUUUCCCCUCUAUUAAAACAUUUUUGAUGCCUAUGUGCUAAGUAUUUGUCAUCUCAUCUAGUCGCCUCUCCUCAUUAUUACAUGCCCACUGACCCAGUGUUUUAAAUCAUGUCAGUGCUAGGUACUGUGACUUGUUCACUUGAUAAUAGAGCUGCUUUUCAAUAAAGUAUCUUCAUGCAGUGGGCAAGUGGUGAGAGGGUGGGUGGCUGCGCAAUGUGAUAACUGUGGUGUGUGGCUUUGGGCAGUUGUGUUUAAGCAUUUAGUCACGACUAGGCCACACAGCCACUACCCCGUGCCCGUCGCUUGUCACCUUCCCUCCCAUGCUGUGCAGGGAAAUAGUCUCAAUAAAGUGCUCUUUGGUAA